AUGUUCAAGAGAGUAUUAGCUUAUGGCGUUGUUACUCUAUUCAUUUCAGGCAUUCUGGUUCAGUUAAAUACCUACCUUGCCCUUGUAAAUAUACACUACACUCCAUCCAUCAAUGAACAAGAUACCAUCAUAACACAGCCACAACACUAUUAUCGAGACAAUACGACACUGCUGUCCUACAUCUCUAUCAUCACUAUCAGUGGCUUGCUGCUGCUUGCUAGUUCAUGGAUACAGAAAGCAAGGUACAGAAAAGCGAAACUCUUGGGGCUUUUAGGCUUUACAAAGACUAGUGCCUGGCAACGUUGGCUUCGAUACGAAAGGCAGCUCUUUUCAUGCGUCACUUUCUCCUUGAUCGAUGUAUUCAAAGUGGGGUCUUUGAUCAGCAUCAAUGCAAUGCUGUUAUUCAGCACGGCGAAUGGCACCGUACCAGAAAACGAUCCUCACCAUGCAGGCUUUGAAGAGCCCAAUCUAUACAGGCAAUCGCUGAGUCAUCGAGCUGCUCAACUUGCAGUAACCAACAUUGCCUUCUCGGUAUUAUUAUCAGCCAAACUAUCCAUCAUCCAGCGCUACUUUUUUGAAAUUAACGAGACAAUCCGCUGGCAUGCUUGGUUUGGACGCAUAGGCUUUUUUCAAGUAGUGUACCAUGCAUCUUAUCAGAUUCAGACCAACUACACAACCCAGAACCGUAGCAUAAUAGCAGCACUCACAUCAAAUGCACGCCAUACCACAGGAGCCUUCAUGUUGAGUGCCAUGUUCUUAUUGAUGUUUGGAUCGCAUUCACUCGUUCGGCUCAUUUCAUACAGAUUAUUUCGAAUCACUCACUUGGCAGCCUUGGUCAUAUUGAUCUGUAGCGGGUGCUUUCACCAUUGGUCCUUUUACGUAUUUUAUAUCAUGGUGCUACUUUUCUGGGUGAUGGAUCAGAUGGACCGGUCUUACAGAACCGACAUGCUGAUGGCAGAGGCUCUACCAGGAGACAUCGUCAAGAUCAAAUGCAACAUACCCUAUUCCAUGAACGCAGGAGUGAUUCCAGGGCAAUUUGUAUUCAUUUCACUUACACCAUCCGCAUUUGCUGCAACCGUCUAUGCGCAUCCGUUUUCAAUCUGCAGAAUAGAUAGCAAUGAUGCGCUCAAGGAAGAAGAGGAAGAAGGAGCCCUGAGCGAAAAUGAAGCACUUGCUCGACCCAUGGAUGGCCAGUACUUUACAUUCUACAUCAAAGCAACUGGAAAUCGCACCAAACCACUAUACGAUAUAGCUCAAUCAGGGUCCAAGGUGAUCGAAGCGAGAAUCAGCAAACCUCUGGGUAGGCCGUAUGUAACUAGCGCAGGAGCAGAGUUUGGUGAUUUCGACUCGGUGAUUUUGGUUGCGGAAGGGAUGGGUAUCACACCUUGGAUUUCUGUCUUGCAGUACGUAGAACAGAAGCAGCAUGCCAUCAAGACAAAAUCGGUCAAUUUAAUAUGGAGUAUCCACUCAAUAGACACAUUUUAUGCAUUUGAACAGGAAUUGGAGCAAUUUUCAGAUUCACUGCAGCUGAAUCUAAGCAUCAGAAUCUACAUUACAGGCUUAUCUGAUCCUGAAGAAAAUUACAGUAUACCCAGCAACCUCACCUAUAUCAAAUUCAAGGCGUCCUGUCGACCCAAUUACACUGCUUUACUGCAAGAAUUAGAUCAGCAAGACAACACGACAGUUGUAGGUGUAUGCGCUCAUGAAAGCAGCAUUGUAAAAUUAAACAACCUCUGCCUGAGCCACUCAUGGGCUAUUAGAAAAGAACGAUUCGAACUAUAG